GCUGUUACCCGGAUGGACUGUCAUGGCCGCCGUCACUGCGCUUCCACCGAGAACAGACAACAAAUGUUUUUGCUGUUGUUUUUUUUUAAGCUUCACGUUGUUUUUACAAUAGCGGACGCCAAUAAGACGACGAUUAAACAUCCGUCAAGUUCGCAGUAAGAGGUGGUUGAAUCCUGUCAGGUUCUGUGCGCUUGUGGAAAAAGGGGGACGCAGACACAAAGGAAAAUCUUUCUUUGACUUUCAAAUCAAGAACAAUGGACAGAAGAUCUUCUGAAACAGUAGAGAGAUAAAGUCAGCCCAUCUGAGUUUGGAUGCAGCUAUUCAGUUUCUACAGAUACGGACCGAUCGACAGAUGAUGAAUUCUUUUUGACGGGAUGGUCCAUGCUGCUUCAUGUCAACGUUGACUACUUUCCUCAGCAGAGGUGUUCUGUACAUGAUUUGCAACUAUGGAAGAAGACUCUGUGUUAUCUGAUGAUGCUGCAAAAAAUGGUAAAAGGAUCAUUGUUGAAGAAGGAAUGGAAAAGGUAAAGGACUUUGUCUAUAAGAAUUUCAAAGAGGGGACCGAUGAUUCUCUUGUCAAAAAUACAGAACAGACUUGCACUAAGGGACAUGGGAUCUCCCUGAGGAAAGAGACGCCGUCCGUCAAUAAAGCCCACUGUAAAAAUCAACAAGGGGCAGUUUUCUCUGGGAAGAUUUUAAGUUUUGGAUGCUCUGUAUGUCAAGAUGGUUUGAUGUAUAGCCCCAAUGACCUCCUCAAGCAUUUUCGAGCAACCCACCACGGAAUCCUUCCAAGGUACCCUUGUGAUCUGUGCGGCUUUGUCACAUAUGAAUUUCCUGCUCUUCAGCGUCAUCGGAUGGAGCACAGGAACGCGAUGGCUACAUGUGAAAUUUGUAAUGACGAGGUUGAGUACUCUUUACUUAUGCUUACUCGCCACUACAUCGCUUGUCAUAGUAAAAAUGGACGCUUUGCCUGUAAGUUGUGUGGGUUUACAACUGUAGAUGCUGGGACAUUCGUUCAGCACAUCCAUCAUCAUAAUGAGAGUUCUUGGAAGUGUUUUAAAUGUAAGCAUUCAAGUUUGAGCCAAGCCGAACACCACAAGCACAUGAAGGGUCACUCGGGUAAAUUCCUCUUCAUGUGUCAGAUAUGUGCAUAUGGAGCAACAAGGAGCGAGUGUCUUCAAAAACAUAUGUUGGCUGUACACAAAGAAGAGACGGUGAGACAGAAGACAUGCAGUACAGGAGAUGACAGCAGCUCACCAGCAGGUUCUGUAAUCUUAAAAGCUAUGCUAAAUAAAUGCUCCUCCAUUACUGGGGCAUUGCAAGAGUAUCAGCGCAAUCCAGAACUGAACUGUCAUUCUGAACUGUCAUGUCCACCAAAUCAGAAUGGUUGGCUUUUGAACGAAGAGGAGAUAAAUCAUUUUGAUGGGAUGCUGGAAAACGACAACAAACUUACCAGCAAAAUCUCAGAACAGUCGGACUCCGUAGGAUCAUUUCAAGAAUGUGAUCAUUCUGCCAGCGCUGACCAGGUGAACUACAACAACCCCAAUGGACUAACUGUACUCAUGGUGAAGAACAAAAUCUCUCUUCCCCCCAACUGUACAACAAAAGUCAUUGGAUUCAAGGUGGUAGGUGGCAAAAAGCAUUUAGUUCUUAAAGUAAUACCAGCGGCAAAACAAGAGCUGUCCAUACAGACUUUUACAGAUGCAGCAUCCCAAAAUCUUGGGAUGAAAAGUAAGGAACGUUUUGAGAACGGGGAUUGUCCUGAUAUUACGAGUUCACUAUUAUACAGCUUCUCUCAUUCUUUCAGAAAUGGAUCUUGUUUGCAAAGGGAUCAAGAUGGCAUGGCAGUAAAAUUAAACAUCGAGACAGAAGCAAAGUCUGAGUACUGCCUCUUGUCCCCUGCACCAAACCGUGUGCACAGACAAACCACUCCUUCACCCUGUGCUGACGAAGUGCAUCCUGUGACGAGUGACUUUGAGGAUGUCGGUGACCAAAGUCACUCAUAUCAAUCAACCUGCUCCGAGAGGAGCAGUUUUAAUGAUAUAAUCUCUGAGUCAUGUGACACUGAUGAAAAUACCCAGUGUGGUGCUGAAAUAAGUAACAAUGUUUUUACAGAUAAGGACGCGGGCACAUCGUUACCAACACAUGCUGUUAAUCAGACGCUUUCCAAAGUAGCUGUUGUUGAAAAUAUUGACAACCCUGAUGAUGCAGUCAGUAUUUCGGUAACUGUUACUGAUGCCCUGUCUGACAAACAUAAAGACAACUGGGAUUUAAACGCUACGGAAGGUGAUCAGUUUCUUAGUAGUCAAGAACAUGCUGGUAGUGUAACGGAGAUGAAACCUCACACUGAAGACCCACUGCAAAUGGAUACUCCGCAAAACUUAAAAGAAAUCAUAAUGACAAUUCCAGAUUCUCCAGAAAAACCGUCGACUGUCUCACAUAAAGAGAAGGACAGUCUUGUGCUCUCCAGCAGUGUGCAGAAUUCACCAAACCAAGAAGUGUUUACAUUUCAUAAUUACUCAAAGGAAAUAGUUGACAUUUCAGCCGAAGACGUCCAGGAAUUUGACGAUUUGUCUGAAAUAACAGACGAAGAGAGCGAGUGUGAAUCCACUCACUUUACCCUGACUUUGGCAGAGUCUCCAGAGCCAUUCACAGGUGACAGCGGAGAUGAGUCGAGUCAGAAUGAAAGCCUGUGUGAUCAUGAGAAAAGCAUUAAAAAUGUGCCACAUGGUGACUCUGAAGUGGACUGCAUAUCCAGGGUUGAAGAUCCUCCCACAGAGUGUGUUGAUUCAGAAGCAGUACUCCAGGACUUCAAUAUUAUUAAAAUUGAGGAGGAAAACAUUCCUAUUUCCAACAACGACUCUGAGACCAUUGAACCUUCAGCCUCCUUGGGGAGAUCUGUGGAGGAACCUUCAGCCUCCUUGGGGAGAUCUGUGGAGGAACCUUCAGUCUCCCUGCGCAGAUCUGUGGAGGAACCUUCAGCCUCCCUGAGCAGAUCUGUGGAGGAACCUUCAGCCUCCCUGGGCAGAUCUGUGGAGGAACCUUCAGGUGCCUUUACCCAGAAGGUCAGCAAAGAAAGUAUGAACUUUUCAAGUGCAAAUUCCUCUUCAGGGCUUUCAAAAGCAACUUUACAAAUUCUUCAGCUAUCAGAUGGUAAACAGCCAGUGCUCCUGAGGACUAUUGACAAUAAAGUUUCCAUGCCGGUGAAGUUCACGACUGCUCCAGGUUUUAAAAUUAUCGCUAACUCAACAAAUCCUCAGAUUAAUUUUACUUGCAUGAAGGCAGGGUUUGAAAAGGCAAAUAACACUAGUGGUGCAACGUUUUCUUCAAGCACUCGGAUAGGUGUGUUGGCCCCAAGAGCUGAGGCUGUGGAAAAAGGGGUGACGCUUCUAUCUGCCGUUCAGCCGGGUGUUGGCACCAUUUCAAACCGUGUCCUUAUCAACAGUACAGGUCAUAAGGGCCCUGUCCUCUUUACAAGCACAUCACCUUUUAAUACUGCUGACAAAACGCUAAAAACUCAACCAACGUGCUACUUGGUGCAGAGGUCCGUUCCAUUAGUUCAGACUUCCAGUACUUCUGGUCCUAAACUUGCAAAUGUACAGCAGUGGCCAGGUUCCCGCCCUGUUUUUGCCAUGCCUGUGAGUUCUUUAGGCAAAGCCACCACUCUGCAGCCUGUUCGCCUGUUUCGGUGCUUUUCUCCAGCUAAACCAGGAAUAUUCUUGAAUAACCAGAAUGCAAAAAUGGUGACUCAGUGCAGCCAAAUCAGUGGAAGCUCUGGAAAUAAAGUUCUGCUUAAACUCAUCGCGCCUUCUAGUGACUCAGCAAGUGCUCCACCCAACUCCAGCUAUAAGCCUGUGUUUCUAGCUACUGGUUCGCACACCCAGUGUCUUCUACUGCCAGCAAACAUAAGUAAGGACAAUGUCCCCGCUGGAAUGACGAAAUUGGUCACCAUACAAAGUACUGCAGAAGGAAACAGUACGGAAUCGAUCUCCCAGCUAAAUGUAACAAAACAGGGUGAAACGGACAGAACAGUCAGAGCCCCAAGUCCAGUUCAACCUGCAGGUAAAAGGAAGAGGCACACAAAAGAGUUACUACAACUUCCAGUGGCCGUGCACAAAGCAAGGAGACUGGAAAAUAAAGAAGCAUCUGAGAAAGAGACUACAGGCUUAUGGCAGCCUGUUGCCAAAGACGUUGAAAGCAAACUGAGAAUUGUCCCAUUCCGUUCUCGACAGACAAUCAAAUACCCUCGACGACACCAGCCUGUCGUGGUCCUCAACCAUCCAGAUGCUGACAUUCCUGAAGUGGCCAAUAUCAUGAAGGUGGUCAGCAGGCACCGAGGUGCUGUUGCUAAGGUGGCUCUGUCGCAAAAAACUGUUGAUGCACUGUCUGAACUUGAUGCUGCCGGUAAAACGUGUGUGACUGCUGAUCAGUCUGAAGGUCAGAAUCCCAGGCCACGGCCCCUUCACAGCGCUGUCCGCGAGCGAUUCCUUCUUAAACUGAAAUUAAAGAAAAAAAGCAAAAAAAAGUAUGAAGUAGUGGACAAUGUACCAGGUUGUAGAGGAAAAUCUGCAGUUUUUGAGUGCUGGUUUUGUGGCCGGCUCUUCAACAACCAAGAAGACUGGAUCGGCCACGGCCAGCGCCAUCUCAUGGAGGCAACCCGAGACUGGAAUAAGUUGUUCUAAGUUUUUUAUCAUUUUUGAAUGGUUUGAUAUUUGUACAUUUACAGCAGAAAAGAAUGUUAGAUUGUUAUAUUUUAAUGGUUUUCUGCUUGUCUACAGUAUCAGGUGUUACUGUAAGUACAUACUUUCAUGUACAUCAGAGUUUUCAAGGGUGUAUUGAUAAGUUAUGGUUUUUACCC